AUGACCACCAGGGUUGCUCUCAAAGCACGCUUCCCAGUGGCUUCACUAAUCCGAUCACCUGUAAAUCGCCCCUUCAGAGCACCAACCCAGCCCUUCAGCACAAUGGCUCGAGACUACAAGGAAGCCCUCGAGAAGCUCGCCUUGCUGCAGUCGAACCGCAUCAUCACAAGCCUCUUUGAGGCGCCGGAGAAAAAGACGCCGCAGGAUCUCAAUGCAGCGGCCAUCCCGGAGAUGCUGGCAUGGCUCCGCCGCGCUGGCUACACGCCUCAAGAUCUCGCUCGCAUGAGACACAUCCAUAUUGCCGGGACCAAGGGGAAGGGCUCUGUCUGUGCAUAUGCGACGGCUAUGUUGGCAAAGUAUCGGGCCGUGGGCACGUACACGAGUCCACACCUCGUCAAUGUCCGGGAGCGCAUUGCGAUUAACGGCGUCCCCGUCUCUCGAGAUGUGUUUACUGCGGCCUUCUUCGAGAUCUGGGACCGGCUUACGGAGGCUGCUGUGAAAGAUGGCAUGUCUGCUGUUGAGGCGGAGGGGGCAGCGUCGAAGCCGUUUUACUUUCGGUUUUUGACGAUUGUUGCGUGGCAUAUCUUCUUGAAGCACGGCAUCGAGGAUGUGGUUAUUGAAUGCGGCAUUGGGGGCGAGUAUGAUUCCACAAACGUGCUGCCUGCGGAGGCUGUUUCGGCUGCGGUUGUGACGCAGCUGGGGAUUGAUCAUGUGGCCAUGCUGGGAGACACGGUGGAGAAGAUUACAUGGCACAAGGCUGGGAUAUUGAAGUCUGGGGUCAAGGGGUUUACGAUGAAGCUGCGAGAUCAGCCGGGCGUGAUGGAGGUGCUGCGCAAAAGAGCGGCUGAGAAGAAUGCAGAGCUGGUAGAGGUUGAAGACGACGUUGUUGAGCGAUGGGGUGGCGUGAGUGGGAUACUGAAGGGGGAUUUCCAGAAGAGAAACCAGGCGCUUGCUGUCAUGGCGGUGCGAGAGCAUCUCGGCAUGGAACAAGUGAAGCUAGAAGACAUUCCGCAGAAGAUGAUUGAGGGCCUGCAGGAGGCGACACUCAGGGGGAGAUGCGAGGUUGUCAACGAUGGGGCAGUGGAGUGGCUCUUGGAUGGGGCG